UCUGGGGAUGAGGAGGGAGGAGGGGGGAUAGGAGGUGGCUGUAUGACUGAAGAGGAAGGUGGAAAGGAGGGAGGGAGGAAGGAGGUGGGAGGUGACUAAAGAACUGAGGGAGGGGAGAGGAGGAGGGCUGGUGGGAGGGGCCUGAAGGAAGGGAAUGAGGGGGUGUUCGGCGCUGCUCUGCGGGAGACGCGGGAGCUGGAAGUCAUUCUGUGGUGGUCUCCAAGAGUGGGAGUCACACCAGCACGUAUUCCCGCGCCCGUGACUGAAAACCCUCGCUAACACACACCGGGGAGACUCAGCCAAACAGUGCAAACAUUUGACUAUAGAAGAACAUAGGAAUCUAGGGUAUAAUUGUAAUACCCGGGCAUGGCAUGGGUGGUAGUGUGGGCGUGUGUGGGUGCCGCCCUCACCCAAGGUUUACCCCUCGACCAUAGUCCAUCACCACGAGGCUUUAUCGGGUUCUCCUUCUGGCCCCCCGCCCCUGACGUCGCCCCCGUGGAGUGCGCCGCCGCCAACACCCUCCUCCCGCGGGGCACCUGCUUCAAGGAAGACGAUUGCGUCAAGGCGGGCGGCGUGGCUUCCGGGAAUUGCCCUUCAGGGGGCGUGUGUUGUGUGGUCCCGGUGUUGUGUGGCGGCGAGGCGAAGAUCAACAACACGUGGUUCGUCAACAAGGACUUCCCAGCAGGCACCCGCGACCCCGCCUCCUGCAUCAUCAGAAUAAAGAGGUCUAAGGCUGAGGUGGUUCAGGCGAGACUUGACUUGGAGCUGAUGGAUCUCGGGGAGCCUGUCCGGGGCCGCUGCCAAGGCGAUGCUCUCUCCAUCACCCGCCCCGGCGCCCCUGCAGCCCUCACGCCCACCCUCUGCGGCAACAACUCACGCCAGCACUUGUACGUGGACCUGAUGCCCGGGGAGGUCGAGGUGAGGGUGAGACUGGACAACGCUCAGCUGCUCCCUCGUCAGGCCGUCCCGCAGCGCCAGUGGAAGGUGCUCAUCACGCAACACACGCAGAAGGAGGCAGCGCCUCACGGGUGUCUCCAGUACUUCAGGCAGGCCAGGUCCACCGUCCGCUCCCUCAACUACGACUCCGGCCUCCACCUCGGCGACGCCCUCAACUACGAUGUCUGCUUCAGUAAAUUGGCCAGGUCCCAGAAGAGCGAUGAAGCCUGCAACCGUCACUUCAACGAUGUCAACAUGGAGCAGCGUAGCCUGGAAAGCGUCCUCCCGAGAAACCAGCCGGCUACCAAGAUACGCAAGACCAACAGGCAUGGAAGCAGCAGCAGAGGCAGAGAGGGGAAUAACAACAGCGGGAGAGGCAAGAACGGGAACAGAAGCAGUGGCAGAGGCAGGAACGGGACGAGCAACAGGAGGCGGUUUGGCAGGAGUGCGAGUCAGCCUCAGACCCGCCAAUACAGGGAGGAAAGCGACCCAAAACAGUACACCGAAGAAGAUCGCGUGAAUUUCGGCGUGCUGGACGUUCUCAACCUGGUGAACAGGACGGUGGAGGAGGUGAGAGUGUCUGGAAACACCGAUCAAGUGGACCACAACACCAUCCCUCUGAUCGACUUCCCUCAGAAUGAUAUUGAUGACACCCCAGCAGAGGUCACUCACCCAGAAGACACGAUCCAGGAAAAUGCCAUCUUGCCGGACUCUGCCCCGAUGGACUCGAACAUAGAGAGCUCCAGCCCUGAAGACAAUAACCUGCUACAUGUUACACCGGAUCAACCCAUCACUGAGGCGCGCCCGAUACAGCUCGUCCCCCUAGUGCAAUCGCAAACCAACGAGGGAGUCAUCACGCAAAUACAGAAUGUGAUCAACCAGCUCCAGGAGAAACAGAAACUUCAACAGCAGAAGGACGAGGAGAAAACUGAAGGUGAGGAAGUAGUUGGAGAGCAGUUAGGGGCUGCUUUCAAUACGUCGACUUCAACUGAGGCCAUGUCAUACGACGAAGACGCAGUGAUGACUUCCUCAGACAUCCCACUGACAGAAGUUCCAACACUCUUACCUGAUCCUUCGUUGCGCCCCUUAACCAUUGCUUUUGAUACCUCAACCAUGACUCCAGGAACCAAAACAACGACUGAUGAUAUUCUGACCACAGACGUUGAAAUCACAACCACGCCCCUUGACGACUUGACCACAGACCCGAAAAUCCCAAAUACGACCACGGACUCUGAUAUCCCUACCACAAUGCUGGACGAACUGACCACAACCACAUGUACAGAUAUCCCAACAACGAUCUAUGACGACCUGACCACUGACCCAGAUAUCCCAACCACGACUGAUGACAUCCCGACCUCAAACCUAGAUACUCAAACUACGGCCUUUGAUGACCUGACAACGGAGGCAGAUACCCUAACCACGAUCUAUGACGAUCUGACCACUGACCUAGAAAUCGAAACCACAACCGAUGACAUCUUAAAAACAGACUCAGAAUGUUUAACAUCGACUCCAGAUAUUCCGACCACCAUUAUCGACACACUGACUUCAGUAACGAUCUUGGACACCCGUACCAGUGGCCAAGAUACUCCGACAACGGCAGCAGACGACGCAGCCUCAGACAUCACAACCACGCUCACUGAUAUCGAGACUGUUCCUCAAGGUAUCGCGGACACUUCCCCACAUGACCAAACCCUAAAGACCUCGCCCACCGACACCCCUAACAUAGCUACCCCUCCUCAUGCCCCUACAGCCCUCCACAACACCCUGACCACUAUAUCUCCUGACGAAGCAGUCCCAGACGCUCAGACUACAACUCAUUAUGCUUCGUCCGCAGAUGCCCUCACCAUGACCGCCGCCACCGUGAUUCGAGCUCCUCUGACUCCACCCCCUGAUGGUCAGGACACUUCUCUCGAUGUCGAAGUCCCACCUCCGGUUACCACUGUAUCGGACAUGAGUGGCGUCCCUGCUUCCCCCCCAGACUCAGAGCAUUGGGACAUGAAGGACACGUUAUCGGCAAAUGACAAGCCCUUUCCGAUCUUACACGUGAUCGACGACGACGUGGACGUGGUGCUGGAAAAACUAAAGGACCAAUUUCUGACGGAGUACUUGGUGAACGGCAACAGACCUACUGAAACUGUUGGAGACAUUUUAAUGGAUACGAUGGGUGUGGGUCUGCCAGGAGAUGGUGACAGCUGGGUGACGGCAGGGAUGGUGGUGAGUGCUGGGAAUCCUACGGUCCCCUAUACGCCCCUUAAUGAUGACCUCACAGACAACUUGGAGAGUUCAACAACGGACGAAACGGCAGGCUUUUCAGAGACUGCCGGUGAGUCCCAUGCCACGAAUACUCCUCAGGCAUUGAACAUUGACAAGUAUUCAGAAGAGACUGACUCUACAACAGAUACUGAUGAUGAGUCUGUAACAUUCUCUGAGGCUAUAGCAAUGGAGGAGCUUACAACGUUUAGCCCUGUCAUUAUCCCUGAAGCUAUUAGUGAACCUACGACUGAGUUAAUCGUGACAAGAGUUGAUGAUAACGUUACAACCACAUCCAACACCACCAUCGAGGGCGGCGGGGAGUUGCCUAUUCCCCUCAGCAUGGACACCGAGGCACCGCAGAAGGACACACACACUGACCCCAAGGAAACCAGUCCGGGCGAACAUGAUCCAACAACAACAACAGACCUCCUCACCAAGACCAUCACCUUCACAUCCAUUACCACAGCCACCGUCCCCGUAGCGACCACCACCACUCGUACCCUCCAGAAGACCAGCUCAGCUACCACCAUGGCACCUACAGUCUCCUUCACAACGAUUGUCAUAACCCCCGCUACUACCAUGGUUACUAACACUGGACCUGCCCCUUCAACCACCAGUACUACCCAUCUCUUCACCAUCCCUGGCUUUGUUCAACCGACUACUACCCCUACCCUCACCAUCCCUGGCUCAGUUCAACCGUCCACUAUAGACAGCAUAGCCCUUACCACUACUUUUGCUAUCCACACUACGUCUGUCACUACUUCACUUUCCCAAACUGCUAUCACCACACCUACCAGCGUCAUGCCAACCACCUCUUCCAUGACCCCAACCACCACCACUACCACCGACUCCCCAGGAACAGGGCGGCCCAUGCAGGUGGAGUUGACCCUCACAGACCCCGAAUCGGUGCAAAUUGUGGGUGACCUGGUAAUGGCCGACCACUCCCAGAGCUCCACUAGUAAACCACAUCCAUUCCUUGAUGAUGAGAUAGAGUGGCUGAUACUGGACGGCAGCGAGACCUCCAUUUCCCUGCCUCCAGAUACUAUGGUCUCCUCGGGGAUUGGGUUUCCUGGUGAGGGUGGCCAAGGAACUGCUAUGAGUCCUGAGGGAGACGAAGCAGAAAGUGGAGAUGUCACUACAGAAGCUCUUGAGGCGAACACUACCAGGGAGGAAGAAGGUGAAAGCUCUUGUGCAGUCUGCGAACCGACAACCUCUGACGAUUUGCAUGUCGGAGGUACAGAAAAUGAUACGACAGCAGAUGAUUUAGACUACCAAACUUCGGAUAUCCCUUCUUCGGUAGCGGCCAGUGACAUAACAGGCGCCGAAGCAGUUGAAGCAUCGAGUUUAGGCCCCGCUACAGCUACUGAAGCAACUGGGUCUCAGGGGAUGACAACUCCAAGUGUGACGAAUGAAUGUUUUAAUGCAAGUGAUGUAACAACGGGACACACCACCAGCACAUCUGUGGAGACAUCAACGGGCAGUGUGGCAGAAUCAGACGGACAAGGAUCUCCGCUCACCACUUCCCCCACUACCAGCACCAAUAUCACCACCUUCCCCUCCACCACCAGCACCAGUAUCACCACCUUCCCCUCCACCACCAGCACCAAUAUCACCACCUUCCCCUCCACCACCAGCACCAAUUCUCCCUCCACUACCACCACCCCUACCAGCACCAGUAUCACCACCUUCCCCUCCACCACCAGCACCUCUUCUCCCUCCACUUCCUCCACCACUACCAGCACCAGUAUCACCACCUUCCCCUCCACCACCAGCACCAAUUCUCCCUCCACUACCACCCCCACUACCAGCACCAGUAUCACCACCUUCCCCUCCACCACCAGCACCACUUCUCCCUCCACUACCACCCCCACUACCAGCACCAGUAUCACCACCUUCCCCUCCACCACCAGCACCAAUUCUCCCUCCACUACCACCACCCCUACCAGCACCAGUAUCACCACCUUCCCCUCCACCACCAGCACCAGCACCACUACAACCUCUCCCGCCACCACGCCCACCACCACAGAAGGGAACAUGGGUGUGAACAUCAAUAUUAAAGUCCAGGGAGCUAACAGCCAGGAAGAGAUAGAUGACACUUCUGAAAACAUAGAUGCGGUGAUCAACCUUAUCACAAACAGUGACUGGGAGCCCCCGGAGCUUGACGAGACUGAAAGUGAAGAAAACAGUGAUGAUGAGGAGAAUGAUAGUGACGAUUUUGAAUCUGUAGAGAGCGAGGAAGAGAAUGAACCCGAGCUGGUGUGCGGGGGCGCCUACGUGAUGGUGCGACAGAGGAUGUUAUGUGGCGGACAACUGCGCCACAACCUUCCGGGUCAAGACACUACUGACGAUCGCUUCGAGGACGUGGAGCGGUUCUCGGUGCGGACCCUUCACGGCGCCACUCGCAGCCUCCGCUUCUCCAUGAGCUACGAGACCAAGUGCCCGCGCGCCCCGCCCCCGCCCUCCACCACGCCCGCGCCCACCAGGAAGACCGUCACCCUCCUGCAGUACCUCCUGGGAUGGUACCGCUAGCCCACCGCCAUUAGAGGGAGGAGUUCGAUGGAUCCGAUGGUGGAGUUAGAAAGGUCUUACUUGUGUUCUUUACAUAAAAUGGUGAAGCCCGAUUUUUUUUUUUUUUUUUUUUUUUUUUUUUGGUGUGUGUGUAUAUAGGAAAGGGAGAAGAUCAGGGACAAAAUAAAAUAAAAAAUGAUAUAAAAAGGCCGCUGAUGCUUCUGGAAAUAGUGUAUGGUAUAAUUAUUUGUGGAUUUUCUUAUUAAUGGCGGAUAUUUAGUUCCGAAUGUGAAGAGUAUUGAAGAAAAUAAGCAAUGUAGAUAACUCAGGCACUAUUAUUAUUAUUAUUAUUAUUAUUAUUAUUAUUACCAUCAUCAUCAUCAUCUCAUCAUCAUUAGUGACUGGCAUUAUUGUUAUAGCUAUUGUUACCGUUAUUAUUAUCAUUGUAAUAUGAUAAUUGCUGAUACUAUUGUUAUUACACUGAUAAUUAGUGUUGUCAUAAUCGUUGUCAUCCUCAUCCUCAUCAUCAACAUCACAAUCACUAUAUAUGCAUCGCUCAAUAACAAGUGUGUGUUCCCGAAACUGUCUGUGUUUCUGCCCUCAUAAAGAAAUCAAUAAAAUAA